UUAUCUGCAGGUUCUGAUGAGUGGAGGAUUGUUCUGGUUGGGAAGACGGGAGUUGGGAAGAGUUCAACAGGAAACACCAUCUUAGGUGGUGAAGUGUUUGAGUCUGAACUAGCUGCAGAGUCUGUCACAUCUGAGUGCAGGAAAGAGACAGGAGAGGUUGGAGGGCGAAAGGUUGCCAUCAUCGAUACACCAGGACUGUUUGACACAAAGUUAACCAAUGAAGACGCCUGGAAGAUGAUCAGGGAGUGCAUGGCUUUGUCUUCUCCUGGUCCACAUGCCUUCCUGGUGGUUCUUCAGCUGGGCAGAUUCACAGAGGAGGAGAAAGAAACAGUGAGACUGAUUCAACAAACAUUUGGUGACGAUGCAUCUAAAUACACAAUGAUACUGUUCACUCAUGGAGACAGACUGAAGAAACAAACCAUUGAAGAGUUUCUCUCAAAGAGCGAGGACUUGAGCGACAUCAUCCAGAAGUGUUACGGCCGUUAUCACAUCUUCAACAACGAUGCUGACGACCCGUCACAAGUCAGUCAGCUUCUGGAUAAAGUAGAGAAGAUGAUUCAGGACAAUGGUGGGUCACACUACACCACAGAAAUGUUCCAGAAAACAGAAGAAUCCAUCGAGAAGGAGAAAGAACGAAUCCUGAAAGAGCAUGAGCCCGAGAGGAACAAAGAGCUGGAGGAACUGAAGACCAAACAUGACAGUAACAUGUUUGCUGCAAUGAAAGAAAUGUUAAAAGAAAUGAAUGAGAAGCAGGCAAGGUCUGAAGCUGUAAUACAGGCACUGAAAUCUCAAUUAGAUGCACCUCAACCUCGCUGUCUGAUCCUUUAA